AUGGGUGAUGCCUUUGAAGAAAUAUUCGCAUUUAGUUCAGUUAAGAAAAAUAUAUUCUUAACAAGACUUUAAGAGAUAUAGGCUUAAGAGAAUACAAACCACAUGGAUGUUGAAAAUGAUGAUGAUUUCAUUUAUUUGGGAGAUGGGUUCAAUAAAUAGUGGCCUGAUUUCACACAUAGUUAGUAUUCGUAUCCUAGAAAAAUUGCCAUAAAAUAUGAAUACGAUAUUAAUUAAUUGAAGGAAUUGUUUUGUUCGACUUUUGAAAAAAAGAGAGAAAGCAUUACCUAAAGAAUAUAAAAAUUAGAAGCAGAUUAUAAAUAAUGGGAAAGACUCAAUUAAAGAGAGCCAGAACCCAACAUCUGUUUUGGUAGAAUUCUUAAAAUCGAAGUCCCAACAGACCAAACCUAAAGUGACACUUAAAGCACUCAAAAAUUAUUAAAAUCUGAUAAAUCAUUUUUCUUAGAUUUCAAAGAUGAUCAAAAACCAAAAUCAUUAAAUUUGCAAUCUAUUGAAAAUGAAGGAGCAUACUUAUACCCCGGUAAAAUAGUAGGAGUAGUAAUCUCUCAAUCCACUGAUUAAGAAUUAGAAGUGAGAAGAUUCCUAUCUAUCUACCCUGACGAUUAGGCCAUUUAAGAAGAACCCUCAAAUUUUAAGAACUACUAGGCAUAGCAAAGAUCCGAUUCUAUUGUUAUGGUUAUAGCAGCUGGUCCAUUUGAAAAAGAAGACAAAUUUGGAUACAAAGGUUUAUUCGCUCUAGUUGAAAAAAUUAAGAAAAAAUAAAUUUCAUGUGAUAUACUUAUGUUAUUGGGACCUAUUUUGGAUAUCAAGAAUUAGGAGAACUUGGAUAAGUACAAUUAUGAGUAUGAAGAAUUUUUCGAAAUAAUCCUGUAAGCGAUUAUGGAGGAAAUCCCAAGAGUCCAAGUGAUAGUAGUGAACUCUACGAAAGAAAUUACUAGUUUUCAUCCAGUACCUCAACCACCUAUAAAUAUCAAAGUAGAAUAGUAGAAAAAGAAAGUUUAAGUAGAUAACCUAAUGUUUGUUGGAAAUCCAUGCAUUUUAUAAGUUGAAGAUAUGACAAUUGGAAUUAUAAAUGAAGAGGUGGUGUCUGAGAUAAAUUCUGCUUCAGAAAAGAUUGGUGUUCAGAAGUUAAAUAAAAUCGAAGCUGCAUUAAAAUAAAUCAUUGAAUAAAGAAGUUUUGUGCCUAUCAAUCCUACCAAGUUCCCUUGUGAUUUGACCAAAUAAGAAUUUCUAGAUUUUGAUCAAUGUCCAGAUGUCAUUAUUACUCCAUCUCAUUUUACACAAUCAGCUAAAUUAAUUGAUUAAACUGUUUUUAUUAAUCCUCAAUUCUUUUAACCAGCAUAACAAUAUGCAAUUUUAACUUUUAAUGGUAACAAUGAGUUGGAAGUAAUUCCUAAAAAGUUAAGAGUGGAUUUUGGAAAACUUUGA